AUGGGUUUAGAUCAAUCGUUCGUCGAAAAUAGCGUGUGGAAGCCCGAUUUGUUCAAGGGCAAGGUAGUCUUUGUCACAGGUGGAGCAGGCUCCAUCUGUCGGGUGCAAACCGAGGCAUUGGUGUUACUUGGAGCCGAUGCUGCCAUUGUGGGCAGAAACGUCGACAACACCAACAAGGCUGCUAAGGAAAUCGCAGCUUUGCGUCCAGGCGCCAGGGUCAUUGCCUGUGGCGGCACGGAUGUCAGAGAGGUGCAGUCGUUGGUCAAGGCAGCCGAAAAGACAGUGGCAGAAUUGGGCAGAAUCGACUUCGUGAUUGCAGGCGCUGCCGGCAACUUCUUGAGCGACUUCAACCACUUGUCGUCCAAUGCGUUCAAGUCGGUGGUUUCCAUCGACUUGUUGGGCUCCUACAACACCGUCAAGGCCACCUAUGACCAGUUGCGCAAGAACAAGGGUGCCAUUCUUUUUGUGAGCGCCACCCUCCACUACUACGGAGUGCCCUUCCAGCUCCACGUCGGAGCAGCCAAGGCAGGUGUGGACGCGUUGUCCAACGCUUUGGCAGUGGAGCUUGGACCUUUGGGAAUCAGAUCCAAUGUGAUUGCCCCUGGUCCUAUUGGUGAUACUGAAGGUAUGAAGCGGUUGCUGCGUGGCGACAACAGGGAGUCCAAGGUGCCAUUGCAGCGCAUCGGGUCCACCAGAGACAUUGCUGAGGCUACCGUGUUCUUAUUUUCGCCUGCUGCCAACUGGAUCACCGGUACCAUCCAGGUGGUAGAUGGAGGUGCCUGGCACUUGGGGGCCACUGGCAACGAGUAUCCCAAAUUGGUUGCGGACGCCAACCGCGACCCCAACUCGAAGUUGUAG